AUGAGCCAACAAGGUCAAGUGCUUUCGGCACAUGUUGCGGGAAAAGUGGCGAUGAAGUCCUAUCUGAGUGGAAUGCCUGAAUGUAAAUUUGGUAUAAACGAUAAGAUCACAAUCGAUGGCAAAGGAAAAGGGACCAGUGAUGAAACGAACAAGGGCACACGUGCAUCAGUGGCGAUUGACGACUGCCAGUUUCACCAGUGUGUAAAACUUACAAAGUUCGACACUGAGCACGCGAUUUCCUUUAUUCCUCCGGAUGGAGAGUAUGAGCUGAUG